CUGAUUGGUUGCCAAGAUAAAUGGCGGGAACAUGUAAUGCACUCCAUGUAGCACCAAUCGGUUUACGACAGUUUGACCUUCAAGAACUCGGUAGCGUCCAUCGAUGGGCAAUGCCAUUGCAUCGCUACCGUAGCGGGCUAAACUGUGUGCUUCUCGUUUCUCUUCCUAGACUGUCGUAAUCUGAUUGUUGUUUUUUGCUUUCUUUAAUGAAUAUCAGUGCAUCAUGUGCGGUAGCUGGGUCGUCGUCUCACCUUUACUUAUGUUACUCUCAUUUCCAGUCCCCACUCACGCUGUUCUGCAUACUUUCCUGGUACACAAAGUACUUUCUGGCUAGACGCAAAUCGCUACACUUCCACUAGCAUAGGUUAUCUAUGUGUUCAUACGUGACAGUAAUGUGUCCUAAUCUCCCUACUUUGAGGUUUUCCCCAAAGCCGUAAGAAAUUUUCCUCAAAGUUUGGGGAAAAACCACAACGUGUUAUAAAACUCUGGGGAAAACGCAAAAUAACCCCAAACAUUUUGGGGUUUUUCGCCAUUUCCCCAAAGUUUUCUAUAGCGGCUUCCCUAAAAUUCUCCCUAAACGGACAGGAUUUUCCUCAAAAUGGGGUAAUAAGGUUUAGGUGCUCUUGGGAAUAUGACACAUAGCCCAUUUUUCAGAUCUGUGUAUUAAGGACAGAAGGCUUACGGCUUGUGUUAUUUCUUUUCUACUAUGUUUCUGUUAGUGUCUAGUCUUCUCUUGUAUGAGUCAAAUGAAGGGAAGGAUAUCACUACUUCGGGUAGCAGGUUCAAGAAUUGAUUACUCGGUGUGAGAACCUGUAUACCACGGGUAUCUUGUUCGUUCGUGGCCUUUGUAUUACACGGGUAGCUGCCCUCUACUUUUUCCAAGAUAUCAGAUUCACAGUGGCCUGCAGCCUGAACACAGUUUUCAUGUCUGGAUCUCACUGUUAUGUGUACUGUAGUGAACAUAUUGGUAUCUAACUUAAUAAACGUUUGUCUUAAAGCCCGUAGGGUUUUAAGAAGCUUAACUGCGACCACGCGGCAGUGGGCCGUGGUCUUAAGAUCAUGACUCACUGUCACCUCAGGAUCCUUAUGAGACCAGACUACAGGCACUGACUCCUCUAAUGUUAUGUCUGUUUACCUUUAUUUCCCCCCCCCCAAUGUCCCUGUAGAAACACUUGGUCACGUUGAUAGUCAUCAGCUACUUUUUAGGACUAGCUAAUUAAAACAUAUAAGUCCCCAUGAAGUACACAUUCAUCUACAUCUGUUAUUUCUAGCCAAAAAAGAAACUAAAGGCUAGAUUCGAGCACGACCUCAGCCACACUAAGUCCUUAAUAAGCAAGCUACCCCCAUAAAUAGUAUCAGGAGUUAGCAUCUGUAAGCUUUAUAGCAUAGGACAAAAAGCGGAUUCUGAAAGUACUCAGAAAAACCGCCUCCUAAUGGUUACCUUUGCUUCGGCUGAAGAAAACACCUAAUACUGGGAAACUCACGCAGACUGAUUGGAUCCGAAAUAUACAUCCGUAAUGAUAUCGGCCUGGUUGAUCGUAUUAAGGGACGAUCGGCAGAAGUAGGACUAAAUGAGCGCCGUCGAAACGGUGGAAAAACGUUGUACUUAAGGGCUUUCAAAUUGUAAAAGUUCGGAGUAAAACCAUCCUCAAAGCACUCUGGAUGGUAAGGUAAAGUUCUUCACGGAAUUAAGGGUGUGCCACACAAAUGCUAUCAGCCCACAAAAUAAAAUGGUGGAGCUCAAGACAAUAGUGGAUAUAGAAAACCCGGAUUUCAUAGCUGUCUCAGAAACAUGGUUAACGUCAGAAGUGUGUGAUAGCGGGAUUCAGUUGAUUGGUUUUUUAUCUAAUAGAGCUGAUAGGCUAAACCGUAGGGGGGUGGGGUCGAGACAGUGGCAUAUGAUCCACGGACAUGUGGAGUAGUGCGCUGCAUGCUGAAAUGUAAACGACAAGAUAUAGAAUUUGUUGUAGUAUACCGCAGUCCAGAACGUGUAGUAAAUGACUUCCUCCCAAGCAAACUCAAGUCUUCGUUUAUUAGGUGUAAAAGCCAUAUAAUAGGCAACUUUAAUGUAUCUUAUAUAAACUGGGGAAACUUACAAGUAAGAUGAUCAAUAACAUCAUUUGAUUACAAAUUGUUAGAAACCGUAAUUGUCCUAGCUUUAUUCCAGCAAAUUAGAGGUCCCACCAGAUAUGAUUUACGAAACUCCUCUUCUCUCCUGGAUCUAAUCUUCACACACGAUGAUAAUGUCAGUCAAAUAACUUUCCUCCCCCUUCUUGGGAGAAGUGGUCACGCAGUCAUCUUUUUCAAGUUUAUGGCUGGGAUGUCCUAUCAAACAGUUGCGCCGGCCCAUCCUAACAUAUGGAGGGCAGUCAUGAAGGCAAUCAACUAUGCAGCAUCGGCUGAAAACUGGAUUCAGGGACAUCAGUAGAAGAGGCAUGAACUCAUUUCAGGCAGUUAUACAAUCAGGUAACUCAACCAUAUAUACCCUGGAUAGGCCGGAAUAUUCAACGUUUACUAAGACAAAAGAAGCAAUGUUGGAAAGUUACCAACACCUUUGGUACAACAAGUACGAUAGAACGCUACAGGUCGGUGAGAAAUAAGUGUAUAGUUACAAUCCUGGAAGCUCAGAGAAAAUAUGAAAUGCAGUUAGCCCAAUCUGUAACCAAGCAGUCUAAGAGACUAUUCUCGUACAUAAAUUACAGAACAAGGACACAGCAUUGAAUUCCAAAACUAAUUACGGUAAAGAGUGGAUCUGAAAUGAUAGAGGAUGAUCACAGUAAAUCAGAGGUCAUGGCAAACUAUUUCAGGGAAGUUUUUAACUCAAGAGCCCCUUCUAGACAAAGAACUAUACCCUAAUACAAAGUCGAAAAACCGUCUAUUCACUGUGGACUUUGAUCAAGACGAUGUACUUAAGGCUCUUAGCACUUGGACACCACAAAAUCUUGAGACAAACUGCACAAUAUAUUGCAGCCCCACUGACUGUGAUAUUCAAUAUAUCACUUGGUCAAGGUGUGUUACCGAUGGACUGGAAGGAUGCAAUCGUCACUCUAAUACAUAAAACAGGACCAAGACAACUUUCAUCAAACUACAGACUGUCUCUCUCGCAAGUGUCUUAGUGAAAUACUGGGAGAAAUAAUCAUAACAUACAUGGAAACCAACAGUUUGUUAAACAGUAAGCAUGGAUUCAGGAAUGGAUUACUUUGCACCUUCUUACAAUAUAAGAGGAAUGGACAGAGGCUCCAAACAAUGGGAAAUCGGUGAAUAUCUUCUACAUAGACUUCAGUAAGGCAUUUGAUAAAGUAGAUGAGUAAUAGACUAUUGUCAAAGCUGGAAAAUCUAAAGUUAAUUAAGGAUUUCGUGGAAGGUCGUAGGCAGAAAGUAAGAAUAGAUUCUAAAUGCUCUUCCUGGAAACCAGUACUUGGUGGAGUACAGUAAGGCUAUCCUAGGUCCUUUACUUUUUAUACUGUAUGUAAAUGAACUCCCAAGUAUAGUUGAGUCCCCGAUGCUACUAUACGCUAAUGUGAAAAUCUCAGAUUCAGAUUUCUGUAGUAAGAACAGAAGGCUUACGGCCUGUGUUAUUCCUUUUCUCACACUGAGUCAUCAAUUCUUGGGACCUGUUACCCGAGGCAAUGGUGUCCUCCCCUUCAACUGACUCAUUUAAAAGAAGACUGGACACUCACAGAAGCAUAGUAGUCUUGAUCAAAGCCCACCAUGGGCAGACGGUUUGUUUACUUUGUAUUUGGGUCUAGAAGAAGCUCACAAGUUAAAACUCUCGAAAUAGUGCGAAAAUUCUUAAAAGUUGGUUGUUUUCCUAAUGGAAUUCUAAUGAACAGGAUAAAACUCCACUGUGAGGUAUCCAUGUGAAGUUUACAGGUUUAAAAACUACUAACAGAGUAGUUGCUUAAACGAUGAAAGGUUAAAAAUAUUUCGUAAUGUCCUCCAACGUUUUAAUCCUGUUUUCAGGUAGCCACAAGCGUAUAAUUUAUUUUUCUGAUAUAUCCAGCUUAAAAGCUCUAACCUUCACACAUUUCAGGCUUUUUUCAAACUUCUCAUGGAUAUUCGGGUGAAGUAUGACCAACAAUUCUUGUCGUAAAUCACUUAUUAGCGUAAAUAACGAACUUGUGAGAAAAAUUCUUGAAGAUAAGUUUACUUUGGCAACCACUUCAUUCUCCAAUGUUUAUCUUGGAGUUUGGGAGGGAAAGAACGUUGUAGUUAAAUUAUUUCAUGAGAAGCACAAGCCUCUAGCCCAAAAAGAAUUAUCACUUAUUGCUCAACUUGAACAUGAAAAUAUCAUACAUUUGAUUGGUGCCGGACCUUCACUUCCAUUGGAUUGUUCUUUCUUGAUCCUCGAGUAUGCCAAUUGUCAUUCAUUACAAAACGGUAAAUUUCAGUGUUGGUAUCACUCGACUUUUUCACCUUUUCAUCAUUAUAUUAGAAAUAAUCAAGGAACAAAACAGAUUAGUUCCCUCUUAACCCUCAAUUUUUAGUGUUACUGUUUUCUCUAAUCUGAGCAAUUUAGAUGCUAAUCUUUCAUUAUCAUUCCGGACAUAAUCCGUGUCUACUUUGAGAGGGAGUAAGCUGUAGUAGUAUCACUAUACCAACUAGACCAGUUGCAAUUCUUUGGGACCAUUUGUUAUCUUAGUCAUCAUUUCAACCUGACUUAUCGUGUAACCACAAAAAGAUUUACUUGCAGACAUCUAGAACAGAAAAGAUAAAGAAUUAAGACACUGGUGGAAUUCAGAACAAGCAAUUAAUAGGUCAAAUAUGUUUAGACAAGAAUGGGGUAAAUAGUCCAGCUUCUCCUGUAGAGUGAGAUCAUACAUGUGUCAUCUAGAAUUUUAUACAUCGAGACGAAAUUUUCUAAGGACUGAAAGUAACAAUCAUACGCUUCUCCGUUUCUCUCAUAUUCAGUCAUCGCCUUUACGGAUUAAUGGAUUAUAUUUACUCAACUACCUAGAAAUUUCUUAGAUUUCACGUGUGCUUCUACUGAUAUCACAUUUCGCGGUCUGUGGUUCUGCAUGCUAUUAUUUUAGUUUGUGUGAGCUUAUGACCAAGAGCUGAUCUAUUUUUAUUUCCUGGAACUUUAUUCCACCAAGGUAUCACUUUCACAGAGGUUCUACUAAAUACAAACUCAAAUGCCCUGGUACGGCCGAGGAUGAUAAGAGUUAGCUCUCCCUCUUCAAAUGCUCUCACAUGGUCACGCGUAUACAGCCAUUGUCAGGGAAGUCUUACUUACUGCCUUUCGCGACGGGGGUAUUGUUUACGAAACUGGGGGGGGCGAAAAGUAAAUUUCCGGCCCUUUAGCCGGAUUGGUGGACACGGAAGGUCCACCUAGAGGAGUUGGAAAGCCCUGAUUUCAAAACAAUGGUGCACAUGGGCUCCGGGAUCCCGAGAGGACAAAUGAUGUAUGAACCUAUUGUUGGUCACCGGCUACCAUGGGACUGUAUCUCCUGAAGCUGCUCCACCGCCUUGUGGAUCAGACCUUUAGGUCGAAGGCUCAGGAUUUAGCCCCCUGAGAAAACCACCUACUUCGGUUUGGGUACUCGGGCAGCAUCCCAGCCCUCACACAAAUCGAAUGAUGAAGUUUGGCGCAUACAUAUUUGGUGCCUCCUUGUACCAAUGCUUGUGUUUGAAUAAAUAAACUGAAUACAAAUAAAAGGUGCCUCAAGUCGAUCAAAUAACUAAUCAGCAUUUGGUGUAAAAAGUUUUGAAACUAUACAGAUCAUUUUUAACAAUACCAGUUGCUGAUGAUAGUUCAAGGCCCAUAGUCGUGCUUUAUUUCUUUUUGAUAACUGAGUCCUCGUAUUUAUUUUUCAUCCUUAUUUAGAUCAUCUACUCAUACAACAUCAAUAAAGGACGUUUCUGAUCCUUAGUUGAAUUCGUUUAAAGUUUCUUAGACCCAUCAUCGUAUGAGUAUUCAGUUCAUAAUUACGUAGUUUUGCCAGGUAUCUGAGUGCACACACAAGUCAAAUAAUCCUCAUAGGUUGAUAAAGAUACCCUUUUUAUCCCACUUAUCCAGAUUUUUCUCUUAAGUCACAUCUAUGCCUAAUAUCUUUUAUUACCACUUAUACUGUUACUACAUCUACUACUUUGGAGUUUACCUUGGAAAUUUCAUUUUGCUAUACAUCUUGUGUGCAGCGAACUGAAUUAACCCACUCUGCAUGUAGAUCUCCUAGAGUUACUACCAGUCCCAAGCCCGGGUAAAGGAGGAGGGUCGGGCAUGGGGUCGGCAACCCCAUCCCGUAGAAAAAAUUCUUGCUAGAAAAUGCCAACUAGAUUAAACAAAUUAAACCACUUAGCCUCUGCCUUGAAAGUUGAAGGAAGAACUACGACGCCUUAUGAUGAAAGCCAAAAUUAUCCGGAAGUCACGAGGCCGGUGCCCCUUCUAACAACCAGAGCAACAAUUUUUAUAGGUAUAUAGAACGUAUAUAGAUCAUCACCUGGUUGUGGCCAAGAUUAAACUGAAGCUGAAGAAACACUGGAAAACUGGGGAAACAGUAUUACAAAGGUUCAACACAACCUUCCUUCGGGAUAAUAACAAACUCAACGAAUUCAAUAUAGCUCUCAACAACAGGUUGCAAGCCUUACAAGAUCUACUGAAAGAAGGAGAAACCACUAUGGAGGACAACUGGAAAGGGAUCCAAGAAGUACCAACUUCAACAUUUCAGGAGGUUCUGGACCUCAAGAAGCAUCAUAAGGAAUAGAUCUCUACCGAAACCAUGAGCAAGAAUCAAGAAAGAACAAGAAAACAGCAAUUAACAACAGCCGAACAUGAGCAGAGAAAUUCUAGACACGAGCUGAAUACACUGAGGCAAACAAGCAAAUGCAGAAGAGCAUUAGAGCCGACAAGCAGAAAUACGUGAAAGAGUGGGAAAAGCUGCAAGAGAAGGAAAUAUGAGACAGCUAUGUGACAACGAAGAAACUAGCAGGGAAAUAUAGUAAACAAGAGAGGCCAGUGAAGGACAAAGAAGGCAAGACAAUCACUGAGAUUCAAGAGCAAGGAGAAAGAUGGGUAGAAUGCUUCAAAGAACUGUUGAAUAGACCAGCUUCAUUGAAUCCACUGGACAUCGAAACAGCACACAUAGACCUUCCUAUAGAUGUCACUCCACCAACGAUCAAAGAAACCGGGAUGUUCACCAGACAAAUCAAGAGCGGGAAAGCAGCAGUACUUGACAAUAUACCAGCUGAAGCACCGAAGUCAGACAUUAGAGUAACUGAAAACAUGCUUUACCCUCUAUUCAAGAAGAUUUGGAAGGAAGAAGAAGUGUAGAUGGACUGGAAAGAAGGACACCCCAUAAAGAUACCGAAUAAAGGAGAUCUGAACAAAUGCAAGAACUGCAGAGGCACCACACUACUGUCAGUACCAGGCCAAGUGUAGGAAGCAAUUUCCUACAGGUAUAACUCUAAGCUAUUCUCUAGACUGUCGAGCACAUAGUCUUGGUCUAGCCAAAGUCAGAACAAGUAAGCUAUUUGGCUUGAUAAACUGUAUCUGUUUCGAACAGUAGGUAGAGGAUAGGAAAAAUGAGUCAACAAAUAUUGUUUUAUAGUGAACAUAAAAUUGUGAUUGGUGAAUAAACAAGACAUAGUCAUACAAGGUCAAAGAAAGUUAAUGUGGUGGUGGGCGUUUCACUUUAUCAUUGGUGAGUUCGUUUAUCGAUCACACCUUACACAGGUUUUCAGCGUAGUGUUGCUGAGCCGGAUGAAAGACUCAGUAGACGCUCAACUUCGAGAUUAGCAGGCCGGAUUCCGUAAGGAUCGGUCAUGCAGAGACCAAAUCACAACACUAUGUAUCAUCAUUGAAAAGUCAGUUGAGUGGAACUCGUAACUAUAUAUCAACUUCAUUGACUAUGAGAGGGCGUUUGACAGUAUGCAUAGGAGGACUUUAUGGAAACUUCUUUGAGCACCUAAGAGAUUGUCAGCAUUAACCGGGAUUCAUACGACGGACUAUAGUGCAAAGUUGUGCAUGGAGGAUAGCUGACAGAUGCAUUCCAAGGAAGAACCGUCGUCAGACAAGGUUGCCUACUCUUCCCCUUCCUCUUCUGAUAGUCGACUAGAUUAUGAAGACCUCAACAUUUAAGGGAAAGCACGGAAUACAAUAGACAACUCGGAAUCAAUUAGAAAAUUUCGAAUUCGCAGAUAACCUGGCCCUUCUAUUCCAUACACACGAACAAAUGCUGGUGAAGACAACUAGUGUGGCAAGUGCAGAAUUUCUACAGUUGAAGAACAUAAGGAACUCAAAACAACUGUUAACUGAUAUCAAAGUCAGAAUCUUCAAUGCGUAUAUCAAGACAAUCCCACUGUAUGAAUUUGAAACGUGGAGAACUACAACCAUCAUCAAAAAGAUACAGGUAUUUAUAAACAAUUGUCUAUGCAAGAUACUCAAUGUCCGUUGGUCGGAAACCCUCAGCAACAGCCUACUAUGGGAAAGGACAAAUCAGCUUCCAGUUGAGGGUGAAUUCAGGAAAAGACGUUGAAAGUGGAUAGGACAUACAUUACGAAAAUCAGUAAACUGAAGGGAAACGGUAAAGAGGAAGGCCGAAGAACACACUAUGUCGGAAAUCGGAAGCAGACGUGAAAAGGAUGAAUAACGACUGGAAAGGAUUGCCCAGGACAGAGUUGGAUGUAGAGUGCUGGUGGGUGGCCUAUGCUUCUCCAGAAGGGGUAACAGGCGUAAGUAAGUUAGCUAGUAACACACAUGCACCAGGUCUUACGUUAAGUAUAAGUGACUGAUUGACUAGCUUUCUGGUCUAUUAACAUAACUCGAAUUCCCCAAACAUCAUAGUGUCUUCACUCCUGAACUUUGAUAUGAGGUUCAUCAAUAAAGCCUUAGUAAUUAAUAUACCAAAACAGGAAUAUUUCUGUUUUAAACCUAAGACUUUAUGUUCAGAUGUAACUUUUUUGAGAUUAAUUCCGAACUUACAGUACAAUUUUUGGAUAAAUAUUUGUAAAUUAGGAGACACUCUUAAUAAGACUGUAACAAAACUUCAACUAAGAACUUCGAAACUCCUUCAAACAGCAUUUUUUUGCGUAACCUAAUUAUUCAUCAGGAUCCAUAUGCGACAAAAAAUCAAAACGCCAUUGUUUGAGACAACCAGAGUUUCACGAUAUUAAUGGGAUUCCUGAAAAUAGAUCCUGGGUUAGUAGUUCCUUAACUGACCUGGUGGCAUGACGGCUACUUGAGGCUUAUUUGUGAUUGGCUUUCGAUAUAUUGACUCCAUAUUUUUAACUCUUACGGCCGGAACAGGAAAUUUGUGACACAAUGUGAGGGGUAAUAUCUUUAGGAUCAACCUUUUCUAACUCCUCCAUCGUAAGAAGGAAGUAUCACUGCAUAUACUGAUUAUUCUUGGGAUACACUCCAGUGCAAUUGCUAGUAAAACUUCACUCUCGAACAUUGAAUUAGCUGCUUUUGGUCUUACCCCUGACAUGUUUGAACCUCAAGGAACAAGUGUCCCACCUAACGUAGUUCGAUGUUAGCGUCACCAACAAGAUCAACCACAGCAUCAUAAUAGCGGACACAAUUAAUGCGGGACGUGGCACCUUACAUUCUUAAAAAGUGUGUUGUAGUUUAAGUUUAUUUCCACUGACUAAAGUUUGUUCUGUUUAGCCAGGCUAUUGUAUUUAAAGUGCACAGAGUGAUUAGUCUUGCAAACUGGAUCAUACCUGGCACAAAUUUGGUUCGGUUGUAUUUUGUUUUAGAAUCCCACCUCGUAUCUCAUGCAGUCCUUAAUUGAGUCAAAAUAAAUCUCUACCAUUCACACUAUGUUCUUGGUUACUUAGUCAGCCAAAUUUUCAUCAUAGCCAUGUAAUUAUCUCAGUCACAGAAUUACUAAAUGAUACUUAUGGUUACAUGUUGUCACAUUUGGGGAGUUGAAAAACCACUUUCUGCACUUUCUUAUGUAUUAUCACAUUCACGUGAGUCAAACCCUCUCAAAUCCAUUGUUCGUUUCUACAGAAAAUUUAGCUCCGUUUAAUCUUAACAGACUAAGUGAAAUUAGCCCGUAAUUGUAGGGUGAGGAUUAUUUUGCACCCGAACACUACGCGAAGUUUAAAACAUUUGCACUGAAGCCCAAUUUACUGAGUUAGCACCUUUCGCAGUUUCUCACUAGUGCGUUGUAGUCUAAAAUCAUAUGUAAUACGGACUAUAUGUGUGCCUGAGUUAACGUCUUGGAGCUCAUAGGCUAGAACUAUUGUUCACAAAUAUAGAUUGACUCACCCUUUGUCAACGAUGAUCAGAAUUUAAUUUUGGUUUCUUAAAACAUUAGAUCAAGUUGUUGUAACCUGUACGUCUAUUAGUCUCAUCUCAAGACCAUCAUUAGCUGCCUCUGUCAAAAAAGAGCACUCAUUAAAUUAAAUGGUGAUUCAGACAACUUGAACUUUAAAACCUACUGAAAAUCUACUCUUGUGUGCUGGAACUUGGUACUUUCUUUUUUCAGCAGCCUCUUGAAACCUUACGUGUGGUUAGUGUCGGGCAAAUAGCGUAGUUAUGUGUUUUGAGCUCAUUCACAUACAGUGUUUCAUUUUAAACCCCUUAGUAAAUACAUUCCAGCCUAACGACAACAAAGUAGUUGUCACAUCAAAUAAAAUCUCCAUUUCAUAAAUGUAAUUUCGUGGGUAUGUUACAAAAAAAAGAAAUAAGUCCCAAAAACUAUGUGAACCUUAUAGAUAUUCUGUAUACUCUUAUUUACCAAGUAAAAGUGGUUUAUGUACUCUGCUUUAAACUACGUUGUUCACAUGAAGGUUAUUGUUAUUAUCCAGCUGCUUAAAUUGAAGUAGAUGGGAUAGACCUUAAACCUGAAGUCUAUCGGUUGAAAGUCAGGGUUUUUGCUAGUAAGCUAUCGCUCCGAAUUCUGUCGCGUCUUCAUCAAGUGUCAACAUCUUCACCGAAAUCUGUGCUGUGGAAUUUUGUUUUAACUACUAAUCUUAUGAAAUUAUAUUGUUUUAUUUUGCUAUUUAGUUUUGUAUGACUUCUCUGGAGUUCAUUAUAACCUGGUUAAUACUUUGAAUUGGAUAUUGCAAAUUAGUCGGGCUUCAGACUAUUUACAUCGUUUAUGUUCCCCCUCAGUUAUACAUGCAGAUAUAAAACCUUCCAAUAUUUUAGGUUUUGAUAGACUGCGUUUAGUUAAAUUAGGUGAUUUUGGAUCAUCUAGAACUACUUUGUCUGACGAACCUUCUGUUUUUGGAACUCUGUGUUAUAUGGCCCCAGAACUAUGGACAGUUCGAAGUGGUGAAAAAUUACCGUACUCAGAAAAAUCUGAUGUCUACAGUUUAACGGUUACAUUUUGGGAAUUUCUAGCUCGUGAACCCCCAAAUAAAAUCCUGAAAAGACGUGAUGUAGCAGACAAGUUUUGGUCUUCUAUUACUCAGCGACCACCUACAUUAGCUGGGUGUCCUGAACUACUAAGCAUUAUUAUUGAGAGUGGUUGGGCUGUAAAUCCCAUGAUUCGACCUACAAUGUUCCAACUGAGCAGAUGUUUGACUUCUAUAAUUGAACAAAUAUUUCCAGUAGAUAGCAUUAUCCAAGGUGUUGAUAUCCCUGAUGACUGUUUAAACUUUUUAAAGAAAUUGUAGCAUAAUGCACCUUAAAAGUGUAUAUAGUUUGAGACAAUGUUCCCUGUUUUCCUAAACUUCCAAGUACAUGUGAAAUAAUCUUACAGUAUCCGUUUGGUUAGCUGUUUAUCAUUCGUUGGAAGACUUCACUAACCGUACAGUUCUAUUCCAAUAUAUGUACUUUUAAUAUUCCGUAUUGUGUAAACUAUUUUUUAUUCCUAACCCAAGUUGAUUUUCUAUACUAUAAACUGGUUUAGGUCAGUUGUGUUUAGUUGAAGUACAGAUCAACUUACCAAGUGUUUCACCUGUAGAACCAUAACAAUUGCAGUUAUUUUAAGUGCCGUUAGUGAAUAUCUCGAAUUGUUUCACUAACAUUUAGCUAAACGCCUUCAUCCUCAUAGUUUUUAUUUCUCGUCCUUCAUGCUUUUAAGUACUACCCACUUGGAGAUUUAUU